AUGCCUCUGCCAGCUGCAUUAGCCGCGCGUCUCGCAAAACGGGGAUUAAUCACUGGAUCCGAAAAGCAUGAAUCUGGGAAAAAAGAAGCGAAAAAGAAGGUGCACGAGGAAGUAAUAGCUGAAGAUUAUGACAACACAAAAGAAGAAAUUAAUCAAAUUGAUAUAUCCCAAAAGUUUAUGGGUUACAGCGGAUGCCCUAAUAAAUAUAACAUUUACCAUGAAUGUACAAAAAAAUGUAAAGAAUUAUGGGGACUGGGACGCAUGCAACCCUCGGACAAAUAUAUGAAGCGACAGAUGAAGCUACUUCAGAAGUAUCCCCUGCCAGAAACUUGGAAAGCUGUUUACGAUCCUGGAUGUGGGCAACAUUAUUAUUGGGAUUGGUCGUCGGAUUUGGUAUCCUGGCUGCCACCGGGACAUCCCAAAUGCCAAAUAUCGCAACCCGCGUCCCAACUGCGCGAGGAGUUGCAUUUGAAGGCGGGCGAUCAGGACGACAACAUGUCCAGCGAUGACAGCACUAGCGAUCAAGAACCGAUGGAGGUAGAGGAAAAUGAUACCAAGAAGGAUAGAAAGAUCGAGAAUCGUACAAAAUACAAAGGGCCGGACGCUAAAAGACCUCAAAGAUCGGAUCGAACUGAUGGGAAAGACAAGAAAGAUCGUACGUUGGAUCCUAUGGAUCCGGCAUCGUAUAGCGAUAUUCCCAGGGGAAAAUGGUCAGACGGAUUGGCUAGACAUAAUGAAGCCAAGACUGGUGCUGACACAACCGCUUCGGGGCCUCUUUAUCAGAUGAGGCCGUAUCCAAGUCCAGGCGCGGUACUUCGCUCGAACAGGGCUAAUAAAACAGAGUCGGAAUCGGCGAAUAAGCAGAAAGUCUCGUUUCCCGAAAAGCCGGAAUGAAUAUACUUAAUAAUAAUAAUAAUAAUAACUUAACUUUAAUGUAUUAUGUGAUGAUGUUAAUAGAUAAUAAUAAAAUAUAGUCAAAAGUGC